AUGUUAAGCAUUCGCUCGGUGUCUGGGGAAGUUCUUCUCGCGACUGAGUUGACGAGCUUUCUGGAAACGCUGGCUGCAGGCAGCCAUCCCGUCCGGGCACUCAAGCAGCGCUUGCAGCGCUUGUGCAGCCAGCCAAGAUUCAGGCAACGGCUAGCAUUUUUAGAUGACGGCAUCGUGUUGAAUGACACUGACGACGAAGACAUCUUGAAACCGGGUGAAGUUCAGCUCGUGCUUCUAAACUUCAUCACAGCAUCUGCAGUUCAAAUAACAGAGCUCCGGCGUGCGGCAGAGAGGGGCGUUACAGCACGCGUGGAAGCCAUUCUGCAAAGGCCGCAAAACCCAGAUUUAGGUCAUCCAGCUCCGCUUCUCGUGGCAUGUGAGCAGGGCCACGUGGAGGUGGCCAGCCUCUUGUUGGAGGCCAAGGCUGACAAGGACAAGGCCACGAGCAACAAUGCCACGGCUUUGUUCUUUGCAGCUCAGAAAGGCCACUUGGAGGUGGCUCGCCUUUUGCUGGAGGCCAGGGCUGACAAGGAUAAGGCCACAACGGAUAGGGGCGUGACUCCUCUGUACGUUGCGGCUGAGCGCGGGCAGUUGGAGGUGGUGCGAUUUUUGCUGGAGGCCAAGGCUAACAAGGACCAUACUACAACGGACAGGGAUGCCACUCCGCUUUUCGUUGCCGCUCAGAAUGGGAAGUUGGAGGUAGCACGCCUUUUGUUGGAGGCCAAGGCUGACAAGGACAAGGCCACGGAUAGGGGCGGCACUGCGUUUUUCGCUGCAGCCCAGCAAGGCCACUUACAGGUAGCUCGCAUCCUGCUGGCGGCCAAGGCUGACAUGGACAAGGCUACGAGCAAUAACGCCACGCCUUUGUUCAUUGCAGCACAGCGAGGGCAGUUGGAGAUCGUUCGGCUUUUGCUUGAUGCCAGGGCCGACAAGGACAAGGCUACAGCGGACCGGGAAGCCACGCCGCUCUUCGUUGCAGCUCAGAAUGGACAGGUGGAGGUAGUGCGCACUUUGCUGGAGGCAAAGGCUGACAAGGAUAAGGCCACGAACGCUAAUGUCACCCCUCUUUUCAAUGCAGCAGAGCGUGGGCAGUGGGAGGUUGUCCAGCUUUUGCUUAAUGCCAGGGCUGACAACGACAAGGCUACAACGGCUACAACCGACCGAGAAGCCACCCGGCUUUUCGUUGCAGCUCAGAACGGACAGAUGGAGACAGCAGGUCUUUUGGCAAAGUCCAAGGCUGACAAGCACCAGGGAGCCAGUUAG